AUCGAAACGGCCCAGCCCAUAUCUCACUCUAGCUCUCGUCACUGCGACCUUCUCACUACUCUCUCUCUCUAUCACUCACUGGGGUUCAGGCUAGGGAUUGGUUUCUCCGGAGCUUCCAACCUCAAUCAAAUAGCUAUAUGCAACUCUUUUAGCGGUUGAUCAAUGUCAAUGAUUGAGGAUAGUAUCCAGAAAUCCACAAUCGUCAACUAUUGGAUUGAAUUAUAAGUUCUCAGUCUAAAGUUGAAUUGAACAUGGAAACGAAUUCCUUGCUUCUGAGAUCUUUUUCUGUGAAACCUAAUUCAGAGUAUGUUGCAUUGAGCUCCUUGCCCUGUCUGACUACUCCUCUUAGAAAUAGGAAUAGGAAAGCUCUUACUAUCAGAGCCAACUCAUCAUCUGCUGAUGCGGAUCAUAACCUUCAGAGUGAAUCGAAGAGCCUCCUCUCUCUGGCUCUGGAUGUUCCUAGGGCAAUUUGGAAGCAAACUCUGAGGCCUUUGAGUGAUUUCGGUUUUGGGGGGAAAAGCGUGUGGGAGGGUGGAGUUGGCUUGUUCCUCAUUUCUGGGGCGUUUCUGUUGGCAUUUAGCUUGGCUUGGUUGAGGGGGUUUCAGUUGAGAUCAAAGUUUAACAAGUACUUGGCUGUUUUCGAGUUCGAUCAGGCUUCUGGCAUUUGCACCGGAACGCCUGUCAGGAUUAGAGGGGUUAAUGUUGGCAAUGUGGUUCGUGUGAACCCCUCGUUGAGGAAUAUUGAGGCUAUAGUUGAGAUUGAAGAUGAUAAAGUAAUAAUACCAAGGAACUCGGUGGUUGAAGUCAAUCAAUCCGGCCUUCUUAUGGAAACACUCAUUGAUAUCACACCAAAAGAUCCCAUUCCGGUGCCAUCGGUUGGGCCUCUUCAUGCUGGUUGUGUUAAAGAGGGUCUUAUUGUGUGUGACAGGCAAAAGUUGAAGGGGCGCCAGGGGGUGAGCUUGGAUGCAUUGGUUGGAAUAUUUACUCGCAUCGGGCGUGAAGUUGAAGGAAUAGGUGUGGCGAAUACCUAUUCCUUGGCUGAGCAGAUUGCUGCUGUUGUUGAAGAGGCGAGGCCUUUGCUUACAAAGUGAUUUCUCAGAUUCAAGCUC